AUGACGGAGGCAACUCAGGAACCAGCCUGGCAAAGGACUCCAGCGACCACCUGGGAGGCGUGGGCAACACUCCAGAAGCAGCGACAGGUGGCCCACAGCGAUGUGAGCGAUUCCGUUGCAAGUCGCCUCCGGCAGGAAGCGCAACAAGGCGGGAGAAGCCAGGCUGAUUCGCGCGAGAAUGCAAAAGAUUGGUUGCUGCAAGAGCAAGAAGCGGCAUGUAUUUCUGGGAAGGCAGCCGCCGGUGGGGUGGGGAGUGAAGUUUUAUUUACGGGCCGGCGAGGGAGUUUUAAGCAGGGCUGGGCCAAGGCCGGAGUAAAGUUGGGACUGCGCAGUCUGGAGGAAACGAGCACNGACCCGAAUAAACCUCGGGGCAAAAUGUCCUCGUACGCUUAUUUCGUGCAGACCUGCCGCGAAGAGCACAAAAAGAAGCACCCGGACUCUUCGGUCAACUUCGCCGAGUUCUCCAAGAAGUGCUCCGAGCGAUGGCGGACAAUGUCUGCAAAAGAGAAGUCAAAGUUUGAAGACAUGGCAAAGGGUGACAAAGCUCGUUAUGACAGAGAAAUGAAAAACUAUAUUCCUCCUAAAGGGGAGAAGAAGAAGAAAAAGGACCCAAAUGCCCCCAAACGGCCACCAUCAGCUUUCUUUCUUUUCUGUUCUGAACAUCGCCCUAAGAUAAAAAGUGAUAUUCCAGGCUUGUCUAUUGGAGAUACAGCCAAAAAAUUAGGUGAAAUGUGGUCUGAGCAAACAGCUAAGGACAAACUCCCUUUUGAGCAGAAGGCGGCAAAGCUCAAGGAAAAAUACGAGAAGGAUAUCGCAGCAUACCGUGCCAAGGGUAAGAGUGAAGUAGGGAAGAAGGGUCCUGGUAGGCCAGCAGGUUCCAAGAAGAAGGCAGAACCUGAAGAGGAGGAGGAGGAAGAAGAUGAGGAAGAUGAAGAAGAGGAGGAGGAGGAAGAGGAAGAUGAAGAGUAAAGUUAUAACCUGCUGUAAAGAUUUGUGCUCAGAUCCAUGAUUUUGCUAAGAAUGUGAAGUCAAGUGCAGCUCAUUGUUAGCUUCAGUAUAAAAACUGUACAGAAUUGUGUAUAGGUAAUGUGAUUUUCUGUAGGGAGGCGUGUAUUCUAAUGUAAGUAGUAGCAAAAGGCCACUACUUCUAGAUUUUUAAAACCUGUUCUGGCAUAUUUAAUGGUUCUUUGAAGUGACUGAUUUUGAGCAAAGUAAAACAGUAGUAGUCAAAUUCAACCUUGUCCUGCAUACUAUUGCAUUGUAUUACUUUUUUAAAACAAUUUUGUAAUAAAAUGAUGUACAUUAUUA